AUGGAAUCAUAUAAAAUUUUAGUUUGUGGUGACAUAGGAGGUAAUUUCCAACAAUUAUAUAAAAGAGUAGCAACGGUCAAUAAAAGUAAUGGACCAUUUCAUUUACUAUUAUGUGUAGGUGCAUUUUUCGAACCAUUUUCAGCAUCACAUGAUUCAAAUCAAAGUGAACAAAAUCAAAACGACCAAGAUCAAGAUGGCGAACAAAAUAAAAUCUCAUUUCCAAAAGAAUUACAAUCAUAUAAAGAUGAUAAGGAAGUUAUACCAAUACCAACUUAUUUUAUAGCAUACACCCCAACAGAUUAUAAAUAUAUCGAAAAAUUUUCAAAUGAAAACGGCGAAAUUUGUAAAAAUCUUACAUACUUGGGAAAAUCAGGUAUUAAGGAUUUAAUGGGUUUAAAUGUUGCAUAUCUAUCUGGUAAAGUUGAUUAUCCAAUUAAAGAAGAAUCUAAUGAUUCAAUGACAAUUAUAAAAACAGAUAUAGAAAAAUUAAUAAAUGAUUCAAAAGAUAAAAAAAUAGAUAUAUUUUUAAGCAAUCAAUGGGCUAGAGGAGUUUUAAAUAAUGUUCAAUCAGGUAUACCAACAUUUUUAAAGACACCAUACAAAAUUGGUAUGGACUCUAUUAAAGAAGUGGUCCAAUCAACCAAUCCAGCAUAUCACUUCUCAAAAAAUUCAUUUUAUUUCCAAAGACCACCUUAUUUAAAUCAUUCAAAUGAAACAAAAGUAACAAGAUUCCUCUCCUUAGCUCCUGUUUAUAAUGAAAAAAAAGAAAAGUAUUUAUUUGCAAUGAAUUACCAACCAGCUAAAGAAGUUACAACAAAUGAUGCAACUUUAAAUCCUUUUGAAAGAAGACAAAAUAAUAAUGAUAAUAGCGAACAACACACACAAAAAAAACAAAGAAAUACAGAAGAAACAACAACAAAUUUCUUUUUUGGAAACAAUGUAAAUACAGAACAAGAUAAUCAACAAGAAAAUAAAAAUCAAAGAAAAAGACAACAUGGUGAUAAUAACAAUCAACAAAAUAGACACCAUGAAAGACAUCAAAAGAAAUUUCAAAUGCAUCAACAAAAACCAAAACCACAACAGCAAAACUGUUGGUUUUGUUUAUCAUCUCCAGAUGUUGAUAGUCAUUUAGUAGUUACAAUUGCAAACGAUUGCUAUUUAGCUUUUCCAAAGGGUGGUGUUGUAGAUCAUCAUUUAUUAAUUGUAUUCAUCGAACAUAAAGCAAACUAUAUAUCACUAGAUCAAUCAGAAAAGGAUGAUAUUAACAAGAUGAUAAAUAUAUUGCGUGAAUUCUUUGAUAAACGUGGUCAAGAUAUUGUAGUUUUUGAAAGAAAUUCAUUUUUAAAAGGUGCUAUUGCUCAUGGUCAUCUUCAAGUUAUUCCAAUUCCAAAAUCACUCUCCUCCAAAGUUAAAUCCAAAUUUAUCGAACACUCUACUGAAAAUAACAUGGAGUUCAAAGAGCUCCCUGAGAAUGAUAAUGCUUUAAACGAUAAAUAUUUCUUGUUAAUUUUACCCAAUGGCGAAAAACUAUAUAGUACCUUACCACAAAAAUCAGAUUAUCAAUUUGGCAGAAAAGUAAUGGUCGAUCUUUUAGGAACCCCUGAAAAGUUAAAUUGGAAAGAUUGUAUGGUAUCAAAAGAGGAAGAAAUGAAUCAAACUGCGUCAUUUAGAGAUGAAUUCCAACCAUUUUAUGAUGAAAAAAAUCCAUCAAAUGAUGAUGAUGAUUAA